GUUCGAAACAUUCAAGAUGGGACCACCAACGAAGAAGAGAAGCAACUCUUUCAUAGAGAAUUCAGAUGAAGAGCUUGAGAAUAAACCAAAGAAUAAAGUACAAAAAGAAAAUACUCAAGAUAACAUCCCAGAGGAGGGUUUAGAUAUACAAGAGAACGCUGAUGGUGAGAAGUACUUUGAAAUUGGUCGUUCACGUAGAGUUACUAUGAGAACUUUCAAGAAUACACCUUUGAUUGACGUCCGUGAAUUCUGGACGAAAGAGGAUGGUACACCUGCACCGGGAAAGAAAGGUAUAUCACUAAAACCAGAGGAGCUUCAACUUAUCGUAGAUAACUACUCCUCUAUCAAAGAAAUAGUCGACGAUCUUAGUAGCAGCACUGGUAGCAAGAAGCGCAAAUAAUUUAAUUCUAAUUUAUGACAAGAGGAUAAGUUAUGCAAUUCGUGUAUAUUAUAAAUAAUUCUUCUAUUGUUUUGCCUUCUUGUUAGGGCUUGGAUAAUCAUCAUUAGUAUUAGCUCGUUUGCCUGUAUUACUUUGUUGUUGUAACAUAGCAAUCAACGCUAAUGAAUCCGCAUCCUCUGAAUUAUCUAUAUUGGUAUUUGAGUGUUGUCCGUUAUUAUUGCUAUUAGCAAGCAUAUUGAAAAGGUUAUUCAGGUUAUUCUGUUGUUGCUGUUGCUCUUCUAACUUCUUUUUCUCUGCUUCUGCUUUUUGCUGAGCUUGUAUUCUAGCCGCUGAAGUAGAUGAUUUCGAUUGUUGUUGUUGUAUAGCAGCAAAACCACUACCUAAACCCUUACCAUUGCUCAGUCUCUCAAAUGCUUUUGAUGAUAUAGUGUUGUGCAAGAAUGUCAAAACAUUAGUGAAUGGAACAACACUCAAUCCUUGUAAUUGUUCUUUACUGACACUACCAAAUAUAUCAGGAUGGAGUAGUAAAGUACCCUGAUUAUUCAUAGUUAUUGGCAUUUGUGGUUGCUUCAAAUUCUGCACCUUCAUAUUGACAUUCAUAUCAGGACUAAGAGAGCUAAUUGAAGCUGUUGAUUGCGUCGCCAUAGCUUUAGCUGCUUUCGCGAUAUCGUUCUUAUUAUUACUAGAUUGCGUUUUAUUGGCAGCCAAACUGAGUUGAAUUGAACGUGGUGAUAAUUGCUUAUUCGCUAAUGAUGUCUCAAAUAUCGAUGUAAGUGUCCACUUUGUAUGGAAUUGAUUAGAAUGGUUCUCCAUUUUAUGAAAUUGAUUCCCACUUGUAAGAUUGAGCAAGAUUGCGGUCUUGCCAGCCAGAAUCCUUAUUUAUGGCAAACCAAUCGUAUUUUUGCAUUAAUAGUAUGCAAAUUUCAUUAACUGUAAGUUUAACUCCUGCAUUUUGCAACUCUGCAGCGAUAAGGGUUGUAUAUGCAACAUUCGGCCUUCUAUGAUUAUUGAUCGUAUGCUCAGUAACUUGAGGGUAUACAGGUAUACCGUUGUUAACGCUAGGUUUCGUUGAUGUAGCAGUUUUCUGUGCCUUCUUAGUUGACGUUGGGUUCUUAGUUGAAGCAGGUAUAAUAUCCUUCUCAGACGGCAUAACAAACCAGAAUACUUUAGUUGCUAUUUGUAUUUUAGUCUUUCGACCUAAUUCAAUACGUGCACCUUUGCCGUACCACAAUCCUUCAACCCAGAGACCAUUUAUCGAAUCAACGUUGAGAUUAAAAAGCUCACGUUCAAAAUCGUAACUUAUAGAAGCAUGGAGUCUGCUAAUUGACUUUGAUGAACCCAAAUCAACAUCAAUUGGUAUAUCUGAAGUUGUAGAUCUUCUUCCUAUAUUGACAGACAAGCAUUGUAGAUAAUAGGCGUAGUGUUCUUGCUUAAAAUGUAAUUUAGCGUAUGCAGCUAUCGUCUCAUAUCCAGGUCUUUUUACUGCUUUCAUUUGGGUUGAGGAAGAUGGCCGUCAAAAGACAAGCGGAAAGGUGUAGGGAGAUGUAUAGAUUAUUGUAGAGAUUGUCAAUGUGUGAUAACUCAUCUCAUAUUAUUUUUAAUUGCAUUUUCCACAAUCA